CAAUUUGCUUUAGAUUGCAGCUUCUUAUGGAAAUGUGGUUUGUAUCUUUGAGCCAGUUAGUCUCUUGAAGCAGAGCAGCAGACAUCAUAACUUGCAUUAUCAGUGGCAGAAGAAUGCUCAAAUCUUACUGGAUGGCAUAGCACAUAAUUUAACAUGGGAUCCCACAGGCACUCGCCUUUUGACUGGUUCCAGUUGUCUUCAGCUUUGGUCCAAUGUUCCUUUGGAGAACUUGUCUGACAAUGACAGCACUGACAGAACAGAUGUUGGAGAAUGGAGGUGUAUCUGGCAAUGCAAUACUGCUUCUCAAGUCUGUUUAAUGAAAUUCUCACCAGAUGGGGAGUUUUUUGCUACUGCUGGAAAGGACGACUGUCUUGUGAAAGUGUGGUACAAUACGGACAACUGGCGAUCAGCUGUAACACCACCAGGAGCAAGUCCAGGAAAACAAGCACAAGAAGUUGACUUUUCAUUUGUUUAUUUGGCCCAUCCUCGAUCAGUAAAUUCAUUUUCAUGGAGGAAGACAAGCAAAUUCAUGCCACGUGGUGCUGUCUGCAACGUACUCCUGACUUGCUGUAAGGAUAACGUUUGUCGUCUCUGGGCAGAGACUUUGUUACCAAGUGAUAGUCUGUUGUACGAUGGAGGGUAUAACAAUUGGACUGAAGCAGCGAACUUCACAAAUAGUUUCAAGAGAAAUACUUCAAGUAAGGAACGAAUGCAAAAUGCAUUAGAGUUAAACUUGAGGCACUUUCGACGAGGAAGGAGGAGGUCAGGUGCUGUUGUUGCACAUACUGGAUACUCUCCACAUCAGCAAGAUCCUCAUGAAGUUCACAGGAACAUUCUUCCUCACGCAAAUGCACUCUGUCACUUCCAUAUUGCUGCCAGCAUCAAUCCAGCAACAGAUAUUCCUCUACUCCCUUCUAUCACAUCUUUGAGUCUUGGUGAAAAUGAAGAAAAAAGUGGACCCUUUGUUGUGCACUGGCUGAACAAUAAAGAACUUCAUUUUACCUUAUCCAUGGAAGUAUUUUUGCAGCAAGUUAAAAAAAAUUUUGAACAUCAUUCUCCUGAGACAAAUGCUGAGGAGUCCAAUCCAAUGGAUGUAAGAUCAGAAGAAGAAACUGAUGAAAAUGGAGAUGAACAGAAAGGAAACGAAGAGAAGAAGGAACUGGGUGAUGAAAAGACUACUCCAGCGUCAAGCCUUGUUCCUUUAUCUUCUGCUGUUGUAGAUCAUGAAGUUGAAGUAUUGCUUUCUGAAUGGAAUAAAAAUGCUGAUAUGCUAUUCAGCAUACAUCCCAUGGAUGGUUCACUGCUAGUAUGGCAUGUAGACUGGCUGGAUGAAUACCAACCUGGCAUGUUUCGACAGGUGCAGGUGUCUUUUGUUUCAAGGAUUCCUGUUGCAUUCCCAACGGGUGAUGCAAACUCUCUUUGCAGAAGUAUAGUGAUGUAUGCAUGUACCAAAAAUGUUGACUUGGCUAUUCAACAAGGCAAACAAAAGCCUCCUGGCCUUACACGAUCUUCAUCUAUGCUUAUCUCAUCCGGACACAGUAAAUCAACCAACAGUUUAAAACUGAGUAUUUUCACACCCAAUGUUAUGAUGAUUUCCAAACAUGCAGAUGGGUCUUUGAACCAAUGGCUAGUGAGUUUUGCUGAAGAAUCUGCCUUUUCAACUGUACUUAGUAUUUCACAUAAAUCGAGAUACUGUGGUCACCGUUUUCAUCUUAAUGACUUGGCUUGCCAUUCAGUAUUACCACUGCUGCUUACAACCUCACAUCACAAUGCUCUAAGUUCACCGGACGUUGAGAAUGCAAAACAGGCAAAUGAUUCUUUAAAGUCUAAGGAGUCAACAGUAAGACUUCAGGGUAGAGGCAGUGCAAAUGUAACAUCCCAGGAUCCCAAUGCAGUUUACAGUGAACUUAUUCUUUGGAGAGUUGAUCCCGUUGGGCCAUUGUCCUUUUCUGGUGGAGUUUCUGAACUUGCUCGGAUCAAUUCUCUCCACGUUUCAGCUUUUUCUAAUGUUGCAUGGCUGCCCACUCUUAUACCCAGCUAUUGCCUUGGUGCAUACUGUAAUUCUCCAAGUGCCUGCUUUGUGGCUAGCGAUGGACAGCAUUUGAGAUUAUAUCAAGCUGUAAUAGAUGCUAAAAAACUUCUGUGUGAGCAGUCCAAUCCAGAGAUUUCUAAAUACGUUGGUGAAGUUUUUAACAUCAUAAGUCAGCAAUCUACUGCUCGUCCAGGAUGUAUCAUUGAAUUGGAUGCUAUCACAGAACUUCAUGGCAGGAAAACACAAUUAUUCCAUGUUUUUCAAGAAGACUUCAUUUUAAAUAACCAAGAGAAAGAAACACCCGAUAAGAAGAAUAAUGUAGUGGAUUCUGGAAAACAGCGGAAUGGAUUUUCUGAAAAAUUCUACUUAAUAGUAAUAGAGUAUACUCAAAGCCAUUCAUUACUGCACAUGUGGCAUUUACAUUUGAAGUCAAUUCCAGUUUCAGUAGUCCGCGCCCGCACGGCUCGGAAAGCAGCUGCGUCAGGUCGCCGCCCGCGCGGGGCUCGACGCGGCGGGGCCGAGCUGAGGCGGCACGCCGCGGGGCACUUGGGGGACGUGUCCGCAGCUGGCCGCGGCCGCGGGCGCCGGUGCGGGGCUGUGCGCGGGAAGAUGGAGGUGGCCCGCGCCGUUACGUAA